AACGCCAUUCAAAAUCUUUUAACACUUACGGAGCGUCUUGAAAAGCUGUUGUCAUAUUAGCGUGCGGUAGCGUUAUGUGCUCGCUCAGCUCAUUUGUCGGUUGAUGCUGUGGCUUCAACCCGGCGGUAACGGUGCUAGUGCGGUAUUAUAGUUAACUGGUAACACUUUAUCAUCAUCUCCGCUGUCGGGAAUGAGCUAUGAACAGCGGCGAGGAUGGGACCGGGGCCGCGGGGGCCGAGGCCGGGGCAGGGGCUUUUCAUCCCACCAUGAAGGAGGCUCUUCCAGGGAGAGUGAUGGAGGUGGGAGGGAGAGGCCGCCGCCUCACCUGCGGGGCCGGGAGAUAGGCCUGUGGUAUGCACGGAGGCAAGGCGGCCAGAGGAGUAAGGACAAAGAGAGGAUGGAGAGAGCUGUUGUACGGAUGGAUGAAUCCAGAGAGCAGCAGAUCACACGACUCCUGAAGUCUGCACAGACUCAAAAUAAAAAUGUGAAGCAGACAUUCUCAGAUGAACUGUCCUGGUGGGACGCUGAGAAUGAAAGAAAUAGCUGUAUUCCUCAACUGAAAGAGAUAGGAGGCGCUGAGCCAGACGCCUGGGAUGAUGACGAUGCACCAGUGUGUGUUCUUAGAGAAAAUAAAGCAAGCACAGACUUGGAUCGAAAACUUAAAGAAGAACUGCUGGAAGAAAAGAAAGAUUACAGAUACAUUGAAAUGCAGCGAUUUCGUAAAAAGCUGCCUUCUUACAGUAUGAAAGAGGAAAUAAUUAACAUGAUAAAUUCCAACCAAGUGUUGGUCAUUAGUGGUGAGACUGGAUGCGGGAAGACUACACAAGUAACACAGUUUAUUCUGGAUGACUAUAUUGCCAAGGGAAAAGGGUCUGCAUGUCACGUUGUGUGUACUCAGCCUAGACGGAUUAGUGCCAUUUCGGUAGCGGAACGUGUGGCUGCAGAGCGAGCGGAACCAUGCGGGAAAGGAUACAGCACUGGUUAUCAAAUCCGUCUUGAAAGUCAGUUGCCACGGAAACAAGGCUCUAUUUUGUACUGCACAACCGGCAUAGUCCUGCAAUGGCUUCAGUCAGACCAACAAUUGGCCAAUGUUAGUCACAUUGUUAUAGAUGAAAUUCACGAGCGAAACCUGCAGUCUGAUGUUCUCAUGGCGAUUGUAAAAGACCUUAUGAGAUAUCGAUCUGAUCUGAAAGUCAUAUUGAUGAGCGCCACUCUGAAUGCAGAGAAGUUUUCUCAGUAUUUUGACCACUGUCCAAUGCUGCAUAUUCCAGGAUUUACAUUCCCUGUUCAAGAAUAUCUCUUGGAGGAUAUUAUCGAAAUGUUAAAUUAUACCCCUAAGGACAGAGACAGCAGGCCAAAGUUCAAGAAGGGCUUUAUGCAAGGACACAUGACUCGUCCAGAAAAAGCAGAAAAGGAGGAAUUGUACAAAGAACGGUGGCCGCAAUUUGUACGGAGUCUUCAGGGAAGGUACUCCGAAGAGACUAUCAAUGGCCUGGAAUAUAUAGAUGAUGAAAAGGUUGACCUCCAUCUGAUUUUAGAGCUUAUAAAACAUAUUGUUCUGAAGGGGGAGGAUGGUGCGAUCUUGGUGUUCCUUCCAGGCUGGGAUAAUAUUAGCACCUUACAUGACUUACUGAUGUCACAGGUCAUGUUUAAAUCAGAAUGGUUUAUUAUUAUCCCUUUGCAUUCAUUGAUGCCAACUGUAAAUCAGACGGAGGUUUUUAAAACACCACCUCCUGGAGUACGGAAAAUUAUAAUUGCCACCAACAUUGCAGAGACAAGUAUCACCAUAGAUGACGUGGUUCAUGUGAUAGAUGGCGGCAAAAUAAAGGAGACACACUAUGACACCCAAAAUAAUAUCAGCACCAUGACUGCAGAAUGGGUUAGCCAUGCUAAUGCCAAGCAGAGGAAAGGACGUGCUGGCAGAGUAAAGCCAGGGUACUGCUACCACCUCUACAACAGCCUGAGGGAUAGUCUGCUAAAUGAUUACCAGCUACCAGAAAUUGUCAGGACACCACUGGAAGAGCUGUGUCUGCAUAUCAAGAUCUUAAAGCUUGGAGGUAUUGCCACUUUCCUUAGGAAGCUAAUGGACCCACCAUCACGGGAAGCAAUAAUCCUGGCAAUAAAUCACCUUAUGGAACUGAAUGCUCUGGACAGGCAAGAAGAACUGACUCCACUUGGCUUCCACUUGGCCCGCUUGCCCGUUGAGCCACACAUUGGCAAAAUGAUUCUGUUUGGGGCCCUUUUCUGUUGUUUAGAUCCAGUCUUAACAAUUGCUUCAAGUCUCAGCUUUAAAGAUCCAUUUAUCAUUCCUUUGGGUAAGGAGAAAUUGGCAGAUGCAAGAAGAAAGGCAUUGUCGCGGGACACUAAAAGUGACCAUCUGACGGUUGUCAAUGCACUCUCGGGCUGGGAGGAUUCGAAGCGGUGCGGAGUUAGAGCAGAGAGGGACUACUGUUGGGACAACUUUCUGUCUGCUAAUACACUAAAGAUGUUGAGUAACAUGAAAGGGCAGUUUGCGGAGCAUCUGCUAGGAACAGGCUUUGUGAGCAGCAAGAACCCAAAAGACCCCAAAUCUAAUAUUAAUUCAGAUAAUGAAAAGCUAAUUAAGGCUGUCAUUUGUGCUGGAUUAUAUCCAAAAGUGGCGAAAAUUCGACCUAGCUUCAGUAAAAGAAGACAGACAGCAAAGGUUUAUACAAAACCGGAUGGCAAGGUCAGCAUUCACCCCAAGUCAGUCAAUGUGGAAGAGUCGGAAUUUCACUACACCUGGCUCGUCUACCACCUGAAGAUGAAAACCAGCAGCAUUUACCUAUACGACUGUACAGAAGUCUCUCCAUACUCGCUCCUUUUCUUUGGGGGAGAUAUUUCCAUCCAGAAAGAUAAAGAACAGGACACUAUUGCUGUGGAUGAAUGGAUUGUAUUCCAGUCGCCUGAGCGGAUUGCACACUUAGUUAAGGAUUUAAAGGCAGAACUUGAUGUCCUCUUGCAACAUAAGAUUGAAAAUCCUCAACCUGUGGACUGGAAUGAAACCAAAUCACAAGACUGUGCUGUUCUCUCUGCUAUCAUUGAUCUGAUAACCACACAAGAGAGCGGAGAAGCCAAGAACUUUGCCCCUCGAUUCCAGGGUGGAUAUUAUAGGUGACACUGACCGGUUUAUUGCUACAAAAAAUAAAAAGACUGACGUGCAUACCUAGCUCUCAUUCACAUGAUCCAUUAGACAAGCAUCUCCGGAGAAAUGCUCUCUGUUUAGCAGAAUGGGAGCACUGUGUAUGCCGCUACUGAGACCACAAAUCUGUUGUAUUGUGGCAGUUACUGUAACACAUUUCCAGGCUGUACCGUUGUUGGUUUGUGUGAUGCUUUCCUUGAUUAUUUUGUACUACACUCUGACAUGGCAUUACUUUGCGAAAAAGUAUGUCUGACUGUAAUCUAAGUGCCAGUAUAAAUGCAUUAAGCGGAUGUUAAAUAGAAAAGAUUUUUUUUUUUUUUUUAUGUUUUUGUUUGGAUAGCAGCUGUAAGCCUGACCAAAGGAUUGUUUGAUGGGUACUAUAUACGUGUAAAGGGAUAUUAUUUAUGUUUAAAUGAAAUGUAUUACCUAUAAGGCACUUCCUGAUCACUAAAGUUGCCAGUAAAUGUAUCUAACCACUAGAUACAAAUGUAACCCCUACCCUAUAUCUAACUAUUGGUUAGAUACUCUCUAGUGAAAUACACCUAACAAAGAACCUUUUGCAUUCGAUUCUCUAAAUGGUGGACUGAAGUAAUUUGCGGCCUACCUCCAUUGCCACCAUGUUUCAUAAGGUCAACACACACAAACCAGUCAGUUCAGACCACUGCCAGCCAGUGGACACCAUGAAUAAGGGUGGGUGCAGAAUGCCACUCAAACUAUUCUGUUCACGCCACAUAGUACAUAGGCUAUAUCUGCAUGUUCAACCCCUAAAAAAAAAAAUCCACAAAGUUAAAAUUUAUCCUUUUACGUGUUUUUGAAAAAGUUAUACGGAACAAUGAAAUUUUACUGUAAGGAAAAUCUAUAGCAGAUAUCAAACUGGGGCUUACAGUAUGUAAUAGACUGUGUGCGGGAAUUCCAACAAUCUGCUCAUAUUUUUAAAGCGCCAGUUAUUACAAGACAAAACCAAUUCUUGCUCAUCCUGCAGCUCACAGGCUAAUACAUAAGCCCCUUUCUCUUUUUCAUGAUAUGUGUUAAUACGGUGAAUAUCUUGCUUUCUGUAACCAAUAAACAAAACAUUUUCAAAUUUG